AUGUCUAUUCUCGUGCAUCUUGACCAGUUGACGUCUGCUCCUGGCGAAUAUGCUGUUCAGAACUUCAAUGAUGCCAAGCUACUGGACGACUGGAUAAUGCCCAAGUCAUUUGCAAGUCCAGAUCAUGAUGUCAAUGACGAUCUAGAAAAGGAUUUCCGAACCUCCAUCACGGAUGUCUUCAUCACUGGUCAGAAAUUGUCGCUAUCAGCGCCUGAGCACCUAAUAGGUAGAUUGUCAAGCAAACCACGAGAAGUUCUAGAACAUAUCUCUGGUAUUCUGUCGACCACACUCCCCGAUGAUGCUAUAUCAGGCGAGCUCGCUGAUCUGGUCGGCUUUGACGACAUCGAAAUUGUCGCAGAAUUGCUCGCCUCUAGAUCUUACUUUGUGAACGUGUUGUCUGGACGAGACAGAACGACAUUUGAAAACUCAACCUCAGGCAAACCAAAAACAGGUGUUGUAACUGCCAGCCUUGCUCCACAGGAUGUUCGUCGUCGCAUGGAAGAGACUCUCAGGACAAAUGCGUCUCGUCCUUUGUUUACUGGCGUGGCACAAGAAGCUCCAGAAGUGCUUCCACAUGUGUACUCUUCGUCCUCUAUGAUGCAAGGCGGUUCGCUUUCUCAAUUUGGUAGCAAGUACGUACUUCCAGUCGGACAUACAAGACAUAACUACGAGGAAUAUGAGGAAGUCAUCCUUCCUCCUUCCAGAGUAAUUCCACCCAGGAAAUCCGAAAGACUCAUUCUUGUCAAUGAACUUGAUGAAUUAACUAGAGGCUCGUUCACUGGAUAUUCUUCCCUAAAUCGCAUGCAGUCUAUCAUCUAUCCAACCGCUUAUGAAUCAAACGAAAAUAUACUGGUUUGCGCUCCCACUGGUGCUGGUAAAACCGAUAUAGCGAUGUUAACGAUCCUUCGGGUUCUCAACCAGCACCGAUCACCUAUCAGUCCAUCAUCACAUUUGCAUGCUUCGAUAGAUCGCAGUGACAUGCAACUGACAAAAUCUGAAAUCGCCGAAACCCAAGUCAUAGUCACCACACCUGAAAAAUGGGACGUCGUAACGCGAAAGCCCACUGGCGAAGGCGAAUUAGCUUCAAAGUUAAAGCUUUUGAUCAUCGACGAGGUGCAUCUUUUGAAUGAAGAACGUGGGGCCGUCAUCGAAACCAUUGUUGCGCGCACGUUACGACAGGUCGAAUCAAGCCAAUCUGUCAUUAGAAUAGUUGGGCUCAGUGCAACGUUGCCAAAUUAUUUGGAUGUCGCAGAUUUCUUGAACGUGUCCCGAUAUAAAGGACUCUUUUUCUUCGACUCUUCCUUCCGACCGGUACCUUUGGAGCAGCACUUCAUUGGAGUUCGAGGAAAGCCUGGAAGCGUACGGUCUAAAACGAAUCUUGACCGCGUCACAUACGAGAAAGUUUCUGACCUAAUACGACAGGGACACCAAGUGAUGGUGUUCGUUCAUGCGCGGAAAGAAACAGUGAAAGCGGCGCAAGCUUUGAAGGAUGCAGCGACAAUAGAUGGCACAUUGGAGGAUUACAACUGCGGGGAGCAUCCUCAAUGGUCAUUUUUCCGAAGGAGCAUAGGAGAUUCUAGGAAUAAGGAGAUGAAGCAACUGUUUGAUCUUGGGUUUGGUAUUCAUCAUGCGGGUAUGCUGCGAUCUGAUCGAAAUAUGAUGGAGAGGAUGUUCGAAGCUCGAGCUAUCAAGGUUCUCUGUUGUACAUCGACGCUCGCAUGGGGAGUCAACUUACCUGCUCAUGCAGUUGUAAUCAAAGGCACUCAGUUGUACGACAGCGCAAAGGGAUCCUUUGUCGAUCUCUCGGUUUUGGAUGUAUUGCAAGUGUUUGGUCGUGCUGGCCGGCCUGGUUUCGAGACAAGUGGUGAAGGCUACAUCUGUACUACCGAGGACAAACUCGUACACUAUCUUGAUGCUGUAACGUCACAGAACCCGAUUGAAUCUCGAUUCAUCUCAGGUAUUGAAAACGCACUGAACGCCGAGAUUGCUCUUGGCAUGUCUCGGGAUGAGGUGGUAGAAGAUCCCUUUCUAGGCCGGAAGCGAAGUUCUCUGGUCAUGACAGCAGCUCGAAGACUGGCCAGUGCAGGAAUGAUAAACCUUACUGAAAAGACCGGUGCGUUUUCGAUAACAGACCUCGGCAGGAUAGCGGCCAGGUACUACAUUCGAUAUGCCUCCAUCGAGGUCUUUAACAAGGAGUUCAAACCCAAGAUGACCGAAGCUGAUGCGCUUUCCAUGCUCAGUAUGAGUACGGAGUUCGACCAAAUCCAAGUGAGAGAGUCGGAAGUGAAGGAACUAGAGCUUCUGAUGAAGAAAGCUCCAUGUACCGUGCGAGGAGGAACAGAUACAAGCCAAGGCAAAGUCAACAUUCUCCUUCAAAGCUACAUUUCUCGCCUUCCAGUCGAAGAUUUUGCCUUGGUUUCUGACGCAGGAUAUGCGGCGCAGAAUGGAGGACGCAUUUCACGAGCUCUGUUGGAUAUAGCGAUCAGCCGCAAGUGGGCUAGUGUGGCCAAGGUUUUUAUGGGUAUCACUAAGGCUAUAGAGAAACGCCUUUGGCCAUUCGACGAACCUCUUAGGCAGUUUGAUCUCAAGGCCGAGAUUAUAUACGGCUUGGAGAAUUCAAGAGAAGAGUACUCGCCCGCAGAACUAGCUUCCAUGACUCCAGUAGAGCUGGGUAAACUAGUUCGCUUAAACGAAGGCCACGGUAAAGCGCUCUGGAAUGCAGCUCGGCAGUUCCCUACGGUCACAAUGACUAGCUCACUUCGACCGUUGGGGUCAAAUGUCCUCAAGAUUGUAGUUUCGGUUACUCGAGACUUCGAUUGGAACACCAAAGCGCAUGGCUCCGGAGAGCCUUUCUGGCUGUGGGUCGAAGAUCAUGAAGGCAUCGAAAUUCUGCAGUUUGCGCACCUUCUGUUACGGGAGUCGACGAACUCCCUCGAUGUGAAUUUCGUGGUUUCGAUACCGACCGACAUUCCUCCCCCCUAUUUCACCGUCAGAUUUGUGUCUGAUACAUGGAUGGGGGCCGAAGAUGAACUCUAUGUAUCUUUGGAUGGAUUGGUUAUGCCUGCUCCCUCUCAUAGCCAUACGCCUCGUUUGAAUCUCCCAUUUCUCCCGCGUUCCUCACUGUGUCUCCCUGUACUCGAAGAUCUCUACUCAGCCCGGCUCCACGAUUUCAAUGCUAUUCAAACGCAAGUGUUUUGGAGUCUUAUUAACACUUCGAUGAACGUGCUGGUAUCUGCUCCCGUUAGUAGUGGCAAAUCCCUCAUGGGGCAUCUAGCGAUAUGGACAACCCUACUCCGCCGUCCGAAGUCCUUGGUGCUUUUCGUUGUCCCAAACCGAACUCUAGCUACUCAAUCUCUCUUUGACUUUCGUGUCAUUUCCAACGCACUUGACGUGGCGGUCAAGGUGUCUUCUGGAGAAGGUUUAUUUUCUCCCUGCCGUACCAGCACAAUACGCAUCGUUACGCCGUCGGAGCUGCUCGAGGCUGUUGACCAGCGUAACCUCCACCAUACAAACUAUCCAUCUCUUGUAGUGUGCGAUAAUUUGGAGCAACUCGAUGCAACCUAUGAACUCAGUAUAUCACUGCUACGACACACAACGCAAAAUAAUCCCACCCGAUAUAUCGGCUUGUCGGCCUCUCUCAAUGACCCCACGGACAUCGCUCCAUGGCUGGGUGUAGAUCCCAUGGCGCUCCAUAGUUUUCGACCCACAGAUCGAGAUCAGUCGCUCACAAUCAUGUAUCAAACCUUCACGAUACCGCAUUCAGCUGCAUUGUUCAAGUCCAUGUCGAAACCAGCAUACAUAGCUAUCACAAGCGUACCAUCCCAUGAAUCUGCCAUCAUCUUUGUCCCUUCGCGCAGUCAUUGCCGGACGGUGGCGCAAGAGCUCAUCACACAGUGCGCCCUAAACACGGAGAUCGAGAGGGGCUUUCUCCCGCAAUCUGUACCUCCUCUUUAUGUUGAAGACUACUCAGCACGGUUGCAAGACCUGACAUUGGUUGAUUUUGUGACACGCGGUGUAGGGAUCUUCCACAGCGGGAUGUCAAAAGUAGAUCGGAAUCUUAUCCUGGAGUUAUUUGCUGAAGGCGUUGUUCGCGUACUCCUGGCGCCUCGCGAUGCUUGCUGGCAGCUGCCUGUCCGGGCGGGAGUCGUAGUGGUCAUGGGUACCCAGUAUAUUCAUUUUGAGGGAGAUGGCUCUGGUCCGCAGCUGCGAGAUUACAGUCUUGUCGAUGUCGUCCAGAUGCAGAGUCGGGCUGUGAGGCACGAUUCCCCUGGCCACUUCUUCCUCUUUUGCCAGGCGGAGACCAGAGACACAUUUUCCAAGUUCCUGGCUGAAGGACUUCCGCUUGAAUCGGAGCUGUUGGAUUCAUCCGUGUUCGAAAAAUGGUACAAGGAAAGAAGAGGAGACGGGUCCAUCAGAAACAAGCAGGAUGCUGUUCAAGCACUCUCCUUCACGCUCCUUGCACGAAGGCUGGUCAGCAACCCGGUGUAUUAUGACAUGGAAGUGGGCUCGCAAAAUGAAGUCCUCUCGCGCAUUGUUGACAGACUGGAAGAACCCGUUCUAUAG